AUGCAUGCAUUCAUCUAUACGAGGGACGUGAAUUUCUCUCCAUCUCGGAUUACACGUGUCAUAAACCAGGUACCUGGACGUGUGGACUGGCCGUAUUGGUACUCAAUCAAUUCAAACAGCUUCUGGAAAGUAGCUGAUCCGAAAGAUCAUUCGACUGGCACCCCUGGGCUCAGCUGA